CCGAGACUGGUUGUACAUGUCGUGUGUCCGGACUUCUUGAAUGGUGAUUGGUGAUCGAAAUUUUUUUUAGCAUUUGUAGGUUUAGAAGUAAUCCCUAUUCAAAAUGAGUAAUUUGGUUGAUAAUGUAUUUACAAUGCAAUACCUCUCCCAGGAACAUCUUAUUGGAUUUGAAAAUUAUAAGUACAGUGCAAAGGACACCAGCCCCCUCAGCAAAUAUGUUAUGCACCCUUUCUGGAACGCUGUGGUCAAGUUGUGUCCACGUUCAGUGGCCCCCAAUGUGCUGACAUUCGUGGGCUUCCUGUUCACAGCAUCAAACUUCGUGCUGUUGUCGUACUAUGACUAUUAUUAUUACGGGGCCAGUGACGCGCCCCCCGGUGAUGCCUACCCUUCCAUACCGCGGUGGUUAUGGUUCCUUAUGGCCCUCAACCACUUCCUCGCACACACCUUAGACGGCAUAGACGGUAAACAGGCGCGACGCACCAACACCAGCGGUCCGCUGGGGGAACUCUUCGACCACGGGCUAGACUCCUGGACGGCUUUCUUCAUCCCCGCCUGCCUGUGGUCGGUCUUUGGCCGAAACGACUUCAGCAUUACACCGUGGCGUUUUUAUUUCGUUUUAUUUAACGUACUUAUUUGCUUUUACACCUCACACUGGGAGAAAUACCUCACCAAAGUUCUAUUCUUACCCUGGGGGUAUGAUGUGUCGCAGGUGAUCAUAUUCGUCAUCUACAUAUUGACGGGUAUCUUUGACACGCAAUUAUGGAAAUUCGAGCUGUACCCUGGCGUGCCAAGCGGCUCUAUGUUCGAGUUCAUGCUAUACGCUGGCUCCCUCGCUUCCAGUCUACCUAUGUCUUUCUACAACAUCUACUGCAGCUAUAGAGACGGUACAGGCAAAAUGUUAGGCUUAGUGGAGGCCGUUAGGCCGCUAUGGAACCCUGCUGUACUCUUCGCGAUCUGCACGCUCUGGCUUGUGAAGUCUCCCACAGACAUCGUCGACCGCGACCCUCGGCUAUUCUUGUACCUCAUUGGAGUUAUCUUUGCGAAUAUCAAUUGUCGGCUGAUCGUGUCACAAAUGUCGGGCUCAAGAUGCGAGCUGCUGAACUGGCAGUUGCUGCUGCUGGCAGCGUGUAUGUUCGCGUCCUUCCUACUGCCCUCCACGGAGAUGUUCUUCCUAGUCGCACUCAGCGUUGUGGCGACUGCAGCUCAUAUUCAUUACGGCGUCCAGGUGGUUCGUCAGAUGUGCGAUCACUUCCACAUCCAGUGCUUCUCGAUCAAAGACAGGAUCGAUUGACUGCUUGCCGACACCGCCUAGACAACGCUGCCUUCUAGUGCACCUCUUGGGAAAUCUAUCAGGCUUAGUCGUGGUCACUAAGCAACCACGAAUAAUCCAGUACAGAUUUUUUCCAGGAGGUUAGGACCGUGCGCGUGACAAUACUCAUCUUAAUUUGCUCGUCCACCGCAUUGCUGUAGAAUCUGGUCCCUUAGUUUAAAUCUGAAUUUGCUACGGCUGUCAACUAAGUAGAUUAAUCGUAUAAAUUUGCGCAACAAUUUUCAAAAUCAAUAUUAUGGAGUGAGAAAAGCUUCAAUGGCUUUCAUAAUUUUACAAAAUAUUGAGGGAACUAAGCAAGCAAGAUUCUUAGACUUCGAUCUUGCAUCGAUUUACUACGUUUGAUGAUUGAAUAAUAAUAAUAAUGAAUCAAGUCAUUUAUUAAAUCACUUUUUAAGCAUUAACCCAAGAUACACGACAAUAUCUAUUUUGUAUUGUAUAAACUCUCGAUCAUUUCGUCCGCAUGUCUUGCCUUCAUUCGGCGUGCGCUUUUUCAAUCCAACUUUCGUGAGUCGCCAAAUCGCGACGACUUUUAUUGCACUCGCGUUCCGUACCUCGGCAGCAAGAGCCUUUGAUUCAAAUUAAUUAAUUUGCCUAAAUAAGCUGUCUUGAGCUUUUCCAAGAUCUCAAUUUCACAGUUAAUAAUUUCGAUACAGUUCAAUGGUUCAUAUGACACCAUAAAAAAUUUCCAACAAAUGAUUGAAUUCUUAGCCGCCGUUAUGCCGGUCACGAGUUAAUUUAUAAAGCCGGAGCUUGUGCUGGAUGAAAGAGAGUUAAAUUAUAAACAUGUUCAGGAAGAGAUGCCAUUUGUACUCUAUUUUUACAGUGAUCAUUAUCCAGCAGUGUAGGUGAGAGUGACAGUUCGAGUAUUAAACGUAACGGUCUCGUGCUAGUAUCGCUACUCCGUCUCGCCUAAUUACCAUACUGCUGCUCCUACUGAAUUUCCCGUGUGAUUGUUUCGUUCAACUUGCAAUAAGCUUCAAAGAGAAUUUGUUACUGAAAUAAUAGUAUUUGAGACCAUAUAUAUGUCCACUAAGGUAUCAUGACGACGUGUGGGUUAAGGGUUACGAAGCGAUGCUUCGUAGAGGCCUAGGUACACGUAGCCGAUUUCUGGCCUGUGAUUGAUGGGAUUAAAUUGAAAAGGCGUCAGUGGUUGUCUGAAAUCGUAACUAAUCUUGAUUGUACAGCCUCUGUUUGCCGAGUGCCAUGCGUGAUCAACUCGUCAUGUGUUGUGACGUCUGAAUCUUAAUUCUGAGAUUUCAGGAUGCCCUCCAUACGUCUUGCCAGCUCGCCUCAUGCCAUCCUUUACGAAUGCAUGAAAUUUGAAUUCAUCUACGAAAAAUGUGUAUAGCAGCUGCUUGAUUCAAAAUUUUUGCUGUUUUCAAUGGAUGAAGUUUUUCAUUUUCGCUGUUUUCGAUGGACAGAUUCUCAUACUCAAUUUUUUGUUGCAACGCUUAUGUUUGGGCGAUACUACGCGAACGUAAUACUUUUAAAUCUUCAUCUAAAUUCAAAAAUAAUUCAUUGCGUUCUAAAAAUUCUUCAAACUAGAGUGCAAGUUAUGUAAUAAUAACUUGAUAUGAGGACUGUCUGGAGGUGAGAAUUAGUGCAUAGGGUGCCGGUGCUGUUCUCUUACGGAGCUCUUCUUUCUCAACUGCUUGGUGUCGCCACGGGCUAUUCCUUAGACUUUCACUAACCCAAGAGCUGGAGCUGAAAAGAACUGCAACUGUUGCAAGAAUUACUUCUAUUGCAAGAACUGCUACUGUUGCAAGAACUACUUAUUUUGCAAGAACUACUUACAUUGCAAGAACUACUACUACUGUUGCAAGAACUGCAACUGUUUCCAGAACCCACGAUGCUUGGUCUCACACUCUUCACGGUUCACUGAUGGUUCUCAAAAAUCUCUAGGUCUUCUACUCAGCUGUCGCAGCGCUUCUUACAACACAGAGGGAGGCGCUCAGCUCGUCGCGCUUCUUCAGCUCAAUCCAUGCAUGGUUAAAGCUUCAGCUUCUUUCGUAAUCAGAAACGUCUUUCAAAUAUUUUAUUAUACGCGAUUUUAUCCGAUGUCGAAUCGUGUACCUUUCGGUUUUUCUUGAAAAACAACCAAAAUGUCAAGUUUCAUCAAGUGCAGCUAUAUACCUACACUUUCCUUUAAAUACUUCCCCCCCCCCAGUUGCACAAAAUUCGAAUGAAGAAAUUGUUUGUUGAACGAUCAAAUCAUAAGGAUAUGAAGUCCGGAGCAGCUUAAGGUCUAUGACGCGGGGCGCUGUAGUGGCAGCGUUGUGUGGGCGAUGUCGCAUAAGAAGUUUUAAUUUUAAGAUUCACUUGACAAAUUUUCUCUCCGUGUUGAUGGUAUUUACUCUUCAAAGCACUUUGCAUGAUUCGUCUUAAAUUCUCUUCAUCGUUUCAAUUUCACGGGAGAACUUUCCUAACGAUGUCUUGGCUUUGAAAUUUAGUGCUCAUUGCAUUUUUAAACGGAUUAUCACUAGAAUGAUA